CAUUUAUUGAACUGAAGAUUUCAAUUAACAAGUUGUGCCAUGACAAGUAGUGUCAAACUUUGUGGGAGCGCCUUUGGUUAUUCAAGGCGCCUCAACUCCUUAUUCUUGAACGUUCGUAGUUCAUCAGCUAAAAGUUUUUCCUCGCAAGUAGCCGAGUCGACUAGUACCAUUCCUCCUCCAGUUGCACCCACUUUUGUUUCUAGAUCUCCUUUACAAAGAUUGAAAGGUUUCUUUGGAAAAUAUGCUACAGCAUUACCUCCCAACUAUCAGUUCGAACCAGAGUUGCAGAAGCAGGUACCGACUCGAGUGUCCCAGUUAGAUAAUGGGCUUCGUGUGGCAACGGAGUAUGCACCUACUGGUACUGCAACUCUAGGAGUUUGGAUUGAUGCGGGCACCCGAUUUGAACCUGAACGCGUGAAUGGCGCUGCACAUUUUUUGGAGCACCUCAUAUUUAAAGGUACCACUCAACGUACUCAACAUCAGUUGGAAGUUGAAGUGGAGGAUAUUGGUGCGCACUUGAAUGCGUAUACUUCCAGAGAGCAGACAGCUUAUUAUGCUCGUUCGUUGAAGGAGGAUGUUCCUCAAGUCUUAGAGCUUUUAUCAGAUAUAUUGAAAAACUCCCGAUUUGAUGCCGCUGCAGUAGAGAGAGAACGUGACGUUAUUCUAAGAGAAAUGGAAGAAGUGAACCAACAAGCAGAAGAGGUCUUGUUUGACUAUCUUCAUGCUUCGGCCUAUCAAGAUACUCCGCUUGGUCGAACUAUUCUUGGACCUGAAGAGAAUAUUCGUGCUUUGACUCGUGAGGAUUUGAUGGAAUAUGUCAAGCUCCAUUACAAACCUCAUCGAAUGGUUCUUUCUGUUGUUGGAGAUGUUGAACAUCAACCAAUCGUUGAGCUUGCUAAGAAACACUUUGGAGGAAUGGAAAUGGAUCCCACAUUUUCUGGUGUGAAUACAUUAGUAUCUGCUUCUCCAGCUUACUUCACAGGCUCUGAUGUUCGUAUUCGUAAUGAUGAUCUUCCUAUGGCACAUUUUACUAUAGCCUUUGAGACUUGUGGUUGGACACAUCCUGAUACAGUAGCUUUGAUGGUCCUUCAGUCACUUCUUGGUUCUUGGGACCGAAGUUCUGGACUUGGUAUGAAUACUGGAAUUCGUCUUGGUGCCGCAGUAGCAGAUACUUCUUGUCAGAGUGUGAUGUCUUAUAAUACUACUUAUACAGACACUGGUCUGUUUGGUGUCUAUGCAGUUGCAGAACCUGUUGAAUUGGAUGAUGUUGGAUAUGCAGUACUUCAUGAGUUGGUUAGAGCUUGUUUUAAGAUUGAGGAAGCAGAUUUACAGAGAGCCAAAGUACAGUUGAAGACCAAUUUGUUGGGACAACUGGAUAAUACAACUGCGGAAGCGGAAGAAGUGGGACGUCAACUCUUAGUAUAUGGUCGUCGUAUUCCAUUGUUGGAAAUGUUUGCGAGAAUAGAUGCUGUGGAUAUUUCUACCUUGAAGAGAGUUGCCAAUCGAUAUAUAUACGAUAGAGAUCCAGCAGUAGCUGCUAUGGGACCCAUAUUCACUCUUCCAGACUAUAAUUGGAUUCGAAGAAGAACUUUCUGGAACAGAUAUUAAAGAUUUGUUUUGGAUAUGAAAAGAA